AAGGAUCAAGAGCAACAGAACGCAAAGGAAGGAGGGAGGAAAAGAGAGCAGUAAAGACUUGCUGAGGACUAAAGGAUUAUUGGCAAUGUGAGAAGACAGCAAGAGGAGUACGAGCAGAGAAAUGCAAGGAGAGCGCAGCCAACUCAUCAUCUACGGGCCAUUGGUCAGAAACUUGGACAAGUUGCUGGACUACGAAGGGGAUCAUUAACGGAAAGGCAAUGAGCCCUCGGAGCCACACUGGCUAUUGAGGCAUCCCAGCACACGACCACAUUAUCAUCGACACUUUGGAUGUAAUCUCGCUGACUCCGACUGAUGUCCCUGCUUGACCCCUACCCCUUCGGCUCCUCAGGGGGAUGAGCCACCCUGCCAAAGAGUAUGGGCAGGAGAGUGGCCGACCCGACCAAUCCAGUACCCGCACUGGGAGUUCCCCUAGCGGUGGGGCGAUGGGGCCCGCUGUGCAGUGUCGGGGUGCAGACGUCUCCCGGGCUGCGGACUCUCUCUUCCAUCAAAAGACACGUCUACCCGCAGCGAGCCCUCACCAUGGCAACGGGCGCGACGGAGUCAGGAGGCGUUAUCUCAAGUGACAGCAACAGUCUGCCGCAGUCCAAGGAGACGUCUCAGAACGAAAUCAACAAACUGACACAGGAUGACAUGGGGUCGCAAGGGUCAGGCAGUGGUGUUUACUGCCAGAUAAAAGCAAUACGGACCAAUCCGAAAGACUCGAGAGGUAAAAGGAUAUCGAGGUACACCAAUGGCAGCGUGGUGGGCUCCGACAUGUUGGGAGGGGUCUGCAGUGAAGCCCCAGAAGUCAAGGAGGAGAGUCAAGAGAAGAGAAGAGUGCAGUCUCUACGUGGGGAGCGACACCGUUCCGUGGUGAAGACAGGGAAUGUUUGCACGACCGUCCACGUCACGCCGCCCCGGCCCUGUCGGAUGGCCACCACCUCCUCGCCCCAGCUCUGUGGAACGUGCGGGCGUAGACGCUCGCAGCUCACCCAGUGCACAGGCGCAUGCCGGAGGAGGGCCGCGCCUCAGAUAUCAUCCAGUCAGACUUUACCUCACCCCGUAUCAAAGCAGGGCGUGGCCCAGAACUCCUCAAAAAAGGAGAGUACUUUGGACGUCAAAAAGCAAGAGACAUCAGUGAAGACCAACAGUCGAAUCCCGCAGCUGUCGCACACCAUACCAAAAACGCACAACUCACACUCCAGCAGUGGAGCGCCUGCUCAGAAUAAGACGAGGCACCAGCAGAGCAGGCCACAUUCAGCAGAGUUUACACACUGCAAGGACUCGGCCACACAAACGGCAGACACACAGACCGGCAAGACUGUCACACACCCGCAGACUACAGCCGCAACAGAACCACUUUCAACAGACAAGCAUGAUCAACUCCAGCACAUAAAUUCAAAACCUCCAGACCCUUCCGAUCAUACAAAAUGUAGCAACCCCCCAGCUCUCCCUGCAAAAAACUCCCCUAAGUCGACUUCUUCCAAACCAUCUGGCCUUUUAGCUCGUAGCAAAAACACCCAGGAGGCGGCAGGCAGUCCCAAACUGAACUCUUCUAAAGACACCAGACUGAUGAACUACACAAAUCAGAAGAGCAAAUCUUUAGACGACCACACUUCGCCUUGUAAGACUCACAAGACAGCGCAAUGCAACGGCGCUCCAGCGGGACUGCUACUGGGGACUGGGAGCGCCCCUGGCGGCCUGGAAGGGAAGUUACAGAGCGUGGAGGAGAACCUCGUGUCCAAUCAGGAGAAGAUCAAGGUGCUCCUUAAUGUCAUUCAAGACCUGGAGAAGAGCAAGGCCUUCAGCGAAGGCCGCAGCUCGUACAGAACCGGUCAGGACAUUAACAACUGCCCCACCUGCCAAAAGACGGCCUGCAUCAUCUACAGUGUGGAGCAUGACUUCCGUCUGCAGGAGGGACGCUUUCAGGGGGUGAUGGAGUCCCUGGAAGGAGAGUACGACGUGCCUGCGCCCGUUCCGACCAAACCCGUAGCCGCCGCCUCCCAAGCCGGCCGUCCGAGCACCAAGGCCCGUGUCAAGAAGCUCCGCAAGAAGUGUUUCUGGUGGCUCUGAUAGUAACGCAGCAGCGUCUGAGGGACAUCAGUUAAGGGAUUUGGAAAUGAGUGCUGAACUUCCAAUAUACAGCAGAUGUAUUCAUUGCCAAUGAGAGCCCAUUACAUGGUAUGUAGCAAACAGAUGGAGCAUCAACACACGGGACUAUUUGUCACUUGGCAGAGUGGCUAUCUCGGAAGAUACAUAAAAAAAGGAUUUAUGGCUGAAUGGAUUAAUGACUGUCGAUGGAAAUGAAUCACAAGGUGUCAGUUUUGCAGCAGGGAACCUGGGAGUGCUACCAAGUGCUUGUUGUGUUUCUUAAGUUGAACGUAGCAAUAAGGGACACAGCAGGGAAGCCGUGUGGAAUACAUGUAGAAGAACUCUCAGGAAUAAAGAGACGGCCCGGCGAAUGGAAGGUGCAAAGUGUUUGAGAUUGUAUUAGGGAAUAUAUUAAGAGACAACGUGAUGGAGCAGCUGAUGGCAGACUGACAGGCUGUCUCACAUUAUUAACAUUUGUGUCACUGCUGACCCCCUGACUGAUUGAUUCUCCACAGUGGAAGCCCCACAGGCCUACAAUUUCUACAAGUGUUCUCUCUCUCACACACACACAAACGCACACACACACCACUUACAUGGUUGAAGACACACAUCAUACAAACCCAAAAGCAGUGAAGUUGUCACGUUGUGUAAAUGGUAAAUAAAAAGAGAAUACGAUGACUUGCAAAUCCUUUUCAACUUAUAUUCAAUUGAAUAGACUAAAAAGACAAGAUAUUUAACGUUUAAACUGAGAAACUUCUUUUUUUUUUGCAAAUAAUCAUUAACUUAGAAUAUUGCAAAAAAGUUGUCACAGGGGUAUUUUUACCACUGUGUUACAUGACCUUUCCUUUUAACAACAGUCAGUAAACGUUUGGGAACUGAGGAGACACAUUUUUUAAGCUUCUCAGGUGGAAUUCUUUCCCAUUCUUGCUUGAUGUACAGCUUAAGUUGUUCAACAGUCCGGGGGUCUCCGUUGUGCUAUUUUAGGCUUCAUAAUGCGCCACACAUUUUCAAUGGGAGACAGGUCUGGACUACAGACAGGCUAGUCUAGUACCCGCACUCUUUUACUAUGAAGCCACGUUGAUGUAACACGUGGCUUGGCAUUGUCUUGCUGAAAUAAGCAGGGGCGUCCAUGGUAACGUUGCAUGGAUGGCUCCAAAACCUGUAUGUACCUUUCAGCAUUAAUGGUGCCUUCACAGAUGUGUAAGUUACCCAUGUCUUGGGCACUAAUACACCCCCAUACCAUCACACAUGCUGGCUUUUCAACUUGGCGCCUAUAACAAUCCGGAUGGUUUUCUUCCUCUUUGGACACGACGUCCACAGUUUCCAAAAACAAUUUGAUAUGUGGACUCGUCAGACCACAGAACACUUUUCCACUUUGUAUCAGUCCAUCUUAGAUGAGCUCGGGCCCAGCGAAGCCGGCGGAGUUUCUGGGUGUUGUUGAUAAAUGGUUUUGCUUUGCAUAAGAGAGUUUUUACAAAUGUAGCGACACAGUGUAGUUACUGACAGUGGUUUUCUGAAGUGUUCCUAAACCAUACUUGCCAACCCUCCCAAAUUUUCCGGGAGACUCCCGAAAUUCAGCACCUCUCCCGAAAACCUCCCGGGACAAAUAUUCUCCCGAAAAUCUCCCGAUUUUCAGGCGGAGCUGGAGGCCACGCCCCCUCCAGCUCCAUGCGACCUGAGUGAGGACAGCCUUUUUUCAUGACUGGAGGACAACAGGGUGACAAGAACUAAAUCAUCCAGACUAGAGAUAAAUUGUAUUAUUAUGUUUAUCUUACCUAAAAAUAAAUAUAUAUUUUAAUUAAAAAAAAAAAAAUACUAUAUUUUGCUAAAAACAUCAAAUUUAAUUAUAUUUGUAUUUUUUCUGACUCCUUAUUACAUUCAGCCAUAUAAUU